AUGUCUUAUAAAAUCAACAAAAACCAAGAAUAUUCGGCCAAUUGUACAUGGCAACGAAAUUUAUCCGAUGCUCGUGAUAUUCGUAUUAAUCUUGAAAACAUUUUUGAUAGUUCAUUUCAGUUGUUACUUGAUGUCUUGAAUAGUUUUAAAUCAUUAAAUGAUACUGAUCCAGCAGGUUUACUUUUAUCAUUAUUUACAUGUGUUGGUCAUUUUUCUAGUGACUCGAUUGUUAGAAUAACAAAUCACGUCAGUAAUCUUAAUAUUUUUUUAUUAUUGAUUGGACCAUCAGGUAGCGGCAAAUCAAAAAUUAUUGCACCAGUAAAAAAUAGUAUUAUCAAUACAAUUAAAGCGUUGGGAAUAUCAGAAGAUGAAGGAGGAAUAGUGGAUGAUUUUACAAUAGCUUCUCUAUCUGCUAAGUUAGCAAAAUCUAAUGUGUUCGUUGUCACAGACGAUGCUGAAAAGCCUUUAUUAGAAAUGGGUUUUUAUUCACCAUUAUCCGAAAUUAGUGCUAGUGAUCGAAUUUCUGGAUAUAAAUUUUAUGGUAGCAUUCCAACCACCAAAGACACAAUGAUGCAUCAUCCAGAAAUUGCUUCACAUCUAUCUUUUGUUGGUGCAACAAUAGGUCGUUUAUGGUACCGCUUAAUAAAUUAUUAUUCUCAAGGUCAUCAAAGUAAUGGCUUUUCAGAACGGUCAGUUAUUGUAUAA